AUGGAUAAAGAUUACAAACAAGAAGAAUACGAUCCGUACGAACAUAGAAAAGUUGAAAAACCAAGUUCAGAUAUCAGAGCAACAGCAAAUUUAAUAAAAGCUUCCUUGGGAUCAGGGUUAUUAGCUGGUCCUUUAGCAUUUUCUAACGCUGGAUGGGGCUUAGGUCUUAUUGGAACCCUUUUAAUUGGAUUUAUAUGUGGACACUGCAUACAUAUACUGGUAAAGACAUCUCUUGGUUGUUGCAAAAUAGAACGUAAACCUCUUCUUAGUUACGCUGAAACAUGCAAAGCAGCAUUUCAAAAUGGACCUAUACCACUUCGAUCCUACGCAAACGCUGCCAGUAUUUUUGCGGAAUUUUCUUUAUUGUGUACAUAUGUAGGCGUUUGCUGUAUUUAUACAGUUCUCAUAUCAGACUCCAUAAAACAGCUGAUUGACAAAUAUGUACCAAGUGUCAACAUUUCGAUAGAAAUGUAUUGCUUGAUAACAUUAAUUCCGUUAUGCAUGCUGUGUCAAAUUAAAUACUUGAAAUGGUUAGCGAUUUUCUCGAUAUUGGCUAACUUAUUCCUAUUCCUAACGUACCUCAUUUGCCUAUAUUAUAUAUUUGCAAAUGAGAUUAGUUUAUACGAUAAGAAAGUGGUCGGCAACCCCGCAAGGAUACCAGCGUUCAUAUCGACAGUAAUAUUUGCAAUGGAAGGUAUAGGCGUGGUAAUGCCUGUUGAAAAUGCCAUGAAGAAACCCCAGCACUUCCUAGGUUGUCCUAGCGUUCUGGUCGUGGCAAUGUCAGCUAUCGUCUUCUUCUAUAGCACUCUCGGUGUCUUCGGAUAUCUACGAUAUGGAGACGUAUUGCGAGGAUCUAUAACAUUAAAUCUUCCUAUAGACGACUGGCCUGCGAUAUUUGCAAAAAUUUUUAUUGCCUUAUCAAUUUUCUUCACUUAUCCUCUGCAGUUUUUCGUUGUUUUCGAUAUAAUUAAAAAAUAUACAGAUGGUUGCAUUAAAGAUAAAUAUCGCACUUCAAUUGAUAUUGUUUCUAGAUCACUAGGCGUCUGCUUCUGCGUUGGAAUUGGCAUCGCUUUACCGUUAUUGGAACAGAUAAUAAACAUCGUUGGUGCUUGCUUUUAUUCUAUACUUGGUUUGAUUAUCCCGGGAAUCAUAGAAACUGUAUUCAGGUGGCAGAAUCUCGGAAAAUAUAAUUGGAUUCUUUGGAAAAAUAUCCUUAUCGUUCUUUUUGGAGUAGGAAGUUUAAUAUCUGGCUGUACAGUCACAAUAAUGGACAUUAUAAAAAUAUUAAACAACAAAAUUGAGUGAGAUUCUUCGUAAUCUUGAUGCCUGAUGAAUAAGAUUAAGAAUUUUUGAUUUAAUGUAAUAAUAUUUUCUGUAAGUUAUUAAAUUUUGAAAUCUA